CCUUGCCUUCACCAAACUGGAAACUAAACAGAUGUAUUGAAAGUUCCUGUUGUCCUCAGUCUCCUGCACCACUCUUCGUGAAAUGCUGUUUUCAGCCAGUAUGGACGUCUUCUCACCAUCCCAGGUCUUCUACGACGAAGCUUCCUCUCCAGACAGCCUGGAGUUUGGCCCCGGCAUGGAGCUGGACGGCUCUGAGGAGGAUGAGCAUGUGAGGAUCCCCGGGGCCCCUCACCAGCCGGGACACUGCCUGCAGUGGGCCUGCAAGGCCUGCAAGCGCAAGUCCAACUUUGUGGACCGCAGACGAGCGGCCACCAUGCGAGAGCGCCGGCGGCUGAAGAAGGUCAACCACGCUUUUGAGGCUUUGAGGCGCUGCACCUCGGCCAACCCCAGCCAGCGCCUGCCCAAGGUGGAGAUCCUGCGUAACGCCAUCCACUACAUCGAGAGCCUGCAGGAGCUGCUACACGAGCAGGUGGAAAACUACUACGGCCUACCUGGGGGGAGCAGCUCGGAGCCCGGGAGCCCGCUGUCCAGCUGCUCUGACGGCAUGGCUGACAGCAACAGUCCACUGUGGCAGCAUCUGAAUGCAAACUACAGCAACAGCUAUUCGUAUGCAAAGCACGACAGUUUAGGCGAUAAAUCAGCCGGGGCCUCCAGUCUGGCGUGUCUCUCCAGCAUCGUGGACCGCCUGUCCUCCGUGGGGUCCGGCUGUGGCCCCGUGGCGCAGAGAGACAGAGACGUCUCCUCCACCUUCUCUCCGGGCAGCUCCGACUCGCAGCCCUGCACGCCGGAGAGCCCCGGGUCCAGGCCCGUGUACCACGUCCUGUGAAGAAAACUCUGACGUGGAUAUAUUGCCACAGGCUUUCCCCAAACACUAGCUGCAUUUGAAACAAUAGAUAAGAACUUUUGUUCUGUGCAAAUCUGAAGGACACUCAGCUGAACCUGAAGACCUGCGGCAAGCAGCUUUUAUUUGUACAUGAGAUUGUAAAUAUGUAUUGUAAAUGCCCAUUUAAUCUAUACAUGCUAUUAUACCCAGUGACACAUAUUUAAUUAUGACAGUUAAUGUAAUGUUGUAUUAUUCCAACAUGAA